AUGGAUGAAAAACAUUUGAACGAAAUAAUGGAAGGAUAUUGGUAUCAUAACGAACUUAUACGUUUGAAUAUUUUAAAGUCAGCUCCUUUAAUGACAACUAAAGAUUUGUCACGAAAAAUUGACGAUAGCUGGGCAGGACUGUCAAAGGAGCAACAAAAUGUGUUUAUUCUUCGUGCCAAACUAGCAAAAAAGACGAUCAAUGCACCCAUCUUGCCACCGCGUUUGCCGCUCGACCCAUUCGUGUUAUUCGUGUCUGAUCGAGUAGUGAGUGACAUUCGUUUACAAACAACUCAUUUGAGCAUGGAUAAAGACGAAAUUAUAAAGGAAUUAAUAUGUGAAUGGAAACAGAUGACCACGGAAGAACGUGCACCAUUUUUACAAAUUGCUGAAAUAGAUAAAGAGCAAUACGACAAAGAUGUUGAUAGCUAUCUAAACUGCUUCAAAACCAUUCAGCAUUCUACAACAACCACUACAACCAAUAACGCGCUUGACAAACUUUGUGGUCAUCAAGUCAUGGAUAAUUUGGAUCAUCCGAUUAUCACCAAUCAUUCUGCCGAUUCCCCUGAGAGAAUUUUCGUAAAGCAAGAACCAGACUACGUAUAUGGCUUGACAAACAAUUCCCCUGAGACAACUAACAUCAAGAAAGAAACAAACUACGAAUAUGGAUCGACAAACACCCCUAUUAUUGGAAAUUAUUCCUUUAAUUCAGAAAACAAUAAUAAUCCACUAGAUGAUAAUGAACUCAAUUCCUUGUCCACAGAUCAUCAAUUUUCCGAAAUAUCAACAAAAAACAGCAGCCUUUGUUACUAUCAAGGAUAUUAA